GCGUUCAAAGUAAUCACUGGAGGAAGAAGGUUCAUUUGUGACAGUGUGAUUUGGCUUGUAUUCCAAUAUUUCGUUGAUAUCGUGCCUAACCAUACAAAAAAACCUCUGUUAAGAAAGCGUAAAAUUAAAGGUUAAGGUUCCUCGUUAAUCGUAGUCUUAAAAGCGACUACAAAUUUAUCGUUAAACAUACUUCUCGUAAUCGUCUGGAACUUGUCUACGGACUAACGUCAGAAAACACAUAAACAUAAUGCCUUCUGCACCUAGUUCCACUUCGGUUGGAGCCGCUGGUCGCUCACCUAGCAAAGCUAUAGCACCUAGAACAAGUGGUAGUGGUACCGUAAGGCAAAGGAAGACAACAACAGCCACAUCGUCGAGAAAUAGAAAUACAGGAGCUGGUUCUGGUGGUAUGUGGAGGUUCUAUACAGACGAGUCUCCUGGCAUUAAAGUAGGUCCAGUGCCUGUACUCGUGAUGUCUCUCCUGUUCAUUGCAUCCGUGUUCAUGCUUCACAUAUGGGGCAAAUACACUAGAUCUUAAAUCAAAAUGUGAACUCCAACUUGUUCAGAACUGGAGCAAUUCAAAGAGAAACUACAGGAAUCUAAGUUUCUGAUUCUUUGAAAGAAGAAUCUGUACGACUUAAGAAGGCUUGCUAUACUUUUACAUAAUAUCAUUUCUUAAUUCAUUUAUUGAAAAUCAAGCAUUACUCGUCGUAAGUUACACUUCCGUACAACGGAUCCAUGCAUUUUUAUCUAGAAUCAAAUCUAAAAUUUAAUGCGCGAUCUUGAACCGUUCCAUGAUAAUUGUUUAAUUUCAUUGAACUAAAUUUUGUAAUAUUUAUAAGAUGUCGCAGAGGUAAUUAUAUUUAUGCAUAAUGUGUGAUCAACAUAAGA